AUGUCGACUUCUAAAGCAGCCUCGUCACCGCACAAAUGCGGACCCUCCAACCACCGUAAAUUUUCCGUUACAGUACCUGACGCCCAGACAAAGCGCAAGCAGGAGGCUUUUGCAAUGACCGACAAAUUUGCCGGGCCGAUGGAUCCUAAGGAAUUCCUGAAUGCAUUCUUACCGACUCGCAAGGUCGCCCCCAAGCUGGCGAGAUCCGAAGCGAUUUUCACCGAAAUGAGGUCAUGCCAGACGGAGAAAGAUAUGUAUCUGAAGUUUGUCGAGUGCGCUAAGGCGCAUGAACUCUGCGGCAAGUACGAACUCGUUGACACAUCUGUCAAGCGUGAUAGUACGGACGAGAAAGACAAGGGGUUUCAGCUGGUGGAUAUGGGUCUUUAUCUCAAGGAGCAUGCGCCCGAUCCUUCGAAGGAGGGUCAGCGAUGGAACAGAGUGGCACUCUUUGCCGAGUUCAAAACGCAGGCCAAUACGACAUUAUGCGACCCCUUUGAGGACAACAUCGAUCGCCCCCCCGAGCCCCAAAGCAUUGCUCGUAGGGACGUUCGAGGUCAAAUCAUAAACUACGCUGCGGAGAUAUUUGCGCGUCAGCACCGCACGCACGUCUUUUCGCUCAUCAUCCUUGGGGAGUACGUCAGGCUUGUACGGUGGGAUCGUUCUGGCGCGGUAUUUACGGAGAGGAUCCCCUACGUUGACGAACCCCGACAUCUCUCAGAGUUUCUCUGGCGGUUCACGAAAGCUACCCCGGAGCAUCAAGGAUACGACGUGACGGCGACAGAGAUAAAGGAAGGUACCCGCCUCUACAAGACUAUGCUUGCAGCCUGCCGCGCGUCCGGCGAGGAGCAAUACAAGCUGGAUUACUUCAAGAGAUCCUGCGACCGCGAGUGGCCUUGGUACAAAUUGCGUAUCGAUGUCCCCAAAACUACCUCCACCGAAGCGCACGGGUCUGGCAGCCGAAGGUCAGCAUGCCAGGACCCUGACACGGAGCCUCGCUAUUUCUUGGUGGGCAAGCCGCACGCGCCCACCACUGGCUUGACGGGCCGGGCGACACGGGGCUACAUUGCUUGGGACCUUUCGGACCGCAGACUGGUGUUUCUGAAGGACUGCUGGCGAGUCAAGACGUUGGCGAAGGAAGGGGAUACGAUAGAGAGGCUGAAUAAGGCAGGGAUCGAAUCCGUUCCUACCUUGCUCUACCACGGGGACGUAGCAGGUCAGGUCACCGUUUCUCCGAAUUAUUGGAAGGACCGAGCACUCGCCGUGAACAAAAUGAAGUCCUACGUCCAUUAUCGUCUCGUCGUGAAGGAAAUUGGGUGUCAUCUUGAUGAUUUCACCAAUUCGCGGGAACUAGUCAAAGUGAUCUACGAGUGCAUCUAUGCGCACGCCGAGGCUUAUGAAGAAGCGCACAUUCUCCAUAGAGAUGUGAGCGUUGGCAAUAUUUUGAUUCUGCGAACCACGAAGGACGGGAAGGUUCACACAAGUGGUCUCCUCAACGAUUGGGAUCUUGCCAAGGACGUAAAUGUCAAGGAAGCAAGGCAAUCGGAUCGUACCGGUACAUGGCAGUUCAUGUCUGCACGGCUCCUUCGCCACCCGUCGAAGAUCCACGAGGUGCAUGACGAUAUUGAAUCCUUCCUUCACGUUCUUCUCUACCAGUCCCUAAGCUGGUUGCCUCGUGAGGGCUGCUCCUCCGUGGCGUCGUUCAUGAACACGUUCUUCGACGAAGUAGAGCCCGAUGAUGGCGAAAUGCUCGGCGGUAUCCACAAGACCUAUUCGUUUAUUACCGGUGGACUCAAGUUCAAGUUCAAGUGCGCACACCUUGAGCACAUUGUCAAGAGUCUCUUCACAUGGUUCAGAGCCUAUUAUAUUCUUCUUCAUGAAGACCGUCCGCAGGUCCCGGAGGAAUCUGCGCUCCCCUCCGAAAAGGCAGCUGAUGUCCUCGACCCCGACGACGACUUUCGCAAACCCAGCAAGAAGUAUCUACCGACGAAAAAAACCUCAGAUGUUGCAAUUGACGCAAAAAAGGUGCGAGAGGUAUAUGAAGAAGCUGCUGGAUGUGUGCAGAGCCAUUCGCGUGCAAUCAAGCUCUUCACUGACCAACUGAAGAGACCGGGAUGGCCUGCAAAUGACAAAGAGCUAGAAGUACAGGUGGAGGACGGCUAUACGCCCGACCCCUGGGUCAUGCCGCGCGCUUCCAGAGCGGCCUCUAAGCGCAGUAUCAGUGAGCUUACAAAGCAGGGCGUCGGGGACGAGCGGAGGUCGAAGAAAUCUCGCAGCGGUGUGUAG